GCGCGUUUUUACGCACAGUCAUUACUACGCUGCCAAGUGGCAACUCAAUAGACGAGAAGAGGCAUUCAAGCACAAACCAAAGACUCUUAAAACGUUUUAAUACAUAAGGAGAACUUUUGGAUUAAACGCGUUCCGCACCUGAUCGCGAAAUGGCAGAAGAAUCUGCGAUCCACAUAGAUGAUAUUAAGGCUUCCAACGGCGAAGCGCACCUGGAAGAUUCUAACCUCGCCAAUGGCCUUACCGAUCACAAGAAAAAAGAGCCGGAGACCACCGGGCAAAAGCUAAAACGCAUCGCGAUGGCGAACCUGCUGGUUAUCCUGACAGUAGCAGCUGUCAUCAUCGGCGUGUUCAUCGGGCUCUGCGUGCGACAAGCCGGGCUGAGCCAGACGCAGAUCAUCUACUUUGGGUUUCCCGGUGAGCUCCUGAUCCGCCUGCUCAAGAUGAUCAUUAUUCCGCUGGUGGUCUGCAGUUUGGUGUCCGGGGCGGCCAGCAUUGACCCGAGAGCCCUGGGCAAGUUGGGCGGCUGGGCUAUGCUGUUCUUUUUGGUGACCACGUUGAUCGCUUCGGCUAUCGGGGUAAUUAUGGCGUUCAUUAUCCAGCCCGGGGCAUCCAGUGACGGGAACAGCCUAUCUCGACUCAACAAGCUGGACGACAGCAAUGUCCCCGAAGCCAAAGAAGUGAUCGACUCGUUUUUAGACUUGAUAAGAAACAUCUUCCCGUCUAACCUGGUCGCAGCUGCGUUUCAGUCUUAUGCCACUGGCUACAAGUUCAAGAAGAACGACACCAACUCAACCAACUUCUCUUUGGAAAAGGUUCCAGUUGGCUCAGACGUGGAUGGCAUGAACAUCUUGGGACUUAUCGUCUUUGCUAUGGUGUUCGGUGUGGCCCUUAGGAAACUCGGAGAGGAGGGAGAGAUCCUUAUUAAGUUCUUCAACUCUUUCAAUGAGGCCACCAUGGUGUUGGUCUCCUGGAUCAUGUGGUACGCGCCACUGGGUAUCAUGUUCCUGGUAGCGAGUAAGAUUGUGGAAAUGGACGAUGUCGGGUUGCUGUUUGCCAGCUUGGGCAAGUACAUCGCCUGUUGCAUAAUCGGUCAUGCCAUCCACGGGUUGCUGGUUCUCCCUCUGAUUUAUUUUGUGAUCACACGGAAGAACCCCUACACAUUCCUGCUAGGCUUGGUUACGGCUCUAGCUACCGCCUUUGGAACUUCAUCUAGCUCGGCUACGCUGCCCUUGAUGAUGAAGUGUGUGGAAGAGAAGAACGGCGUUUCUAAACACAUCAGUCGCUUCAUCUUGCCCAUCGGAGCCACUGUUAACAUGGACGGAGCUGCCUGCUUCCAGUGCGUAGCUGCGGUCUUCAUCGCUCAGCUUAACGGAUUCUCGCUGAACUUCGUCCAGGUCAUCACCAUCCUAGUGACGGCCACAGCAUCCAGUGUGGGCGCUGCAGGGAUCCCUGCCGGAGGAGUGCUAACGCUGGCCAUCAUUUUGGAAGCAGUGGGACUUCCCACCAACGACCUGUCUCUUAUCCUGGCUGUAGACUGGCUUGUUGACCGCACCUGCACUGUCAUAAAUGUCGAAGGCGAUGCCUACGGAGCAGGUCUUCUGCAGCAUUUCGUGGAUCGCACAGCCAGUAAAAACACGGAGCCGGAGCUUGAUGAUGUGCACGUCACGACAAAGCCAGAAAGUUCCCCGCUCAUGGGAAAGAGGGAAAACGCUGAGAACGAGUCGGCCAUGUAAACAUGCACAGCAUUUGAACAUGAACUUUCUUUCCCUCCACGCUCGAUCACCCACAAUCAGUCUUUGCAUCCAAAGAGGCACGGGAGAGAUGCAGGAUUAGAUAAGGACAAGACUAUGACAUCCUUUUGACCCUCCUCUAUACCCAGCUCUUCAAAAAAAAAGUCUGCCAAAGCAUAUGUGCGGAGAUUUAGAUAGAGGAUCUUGGAAAAAUGCUUGAACGUUUAUUUAUUAGAUGCUGGUCAGAUAGUCUAGAAAGUUUAGUUUCCUUUUUUGUACUAUCACUCCUAGGGUUUUAAGCCUUUUUAUAAAAACUUCUUUAAAUGUUUGUUUUACUUUGAAUAAUCAAUAGGCCUACAGAAAUCUCACUCUGCCCCCCUUUAUUUAAAAGCCCCAUUUUUAUGUAAUUCUUAGACUCAAGUAAGUCCUUAUAAGCUAAUGUCCAAAGAACUAUUUUUAAACCCUUUACUGUUUGUAAACGCACCAAAUAAGUUUUUGAGGAUCUUGAUAUUCCGUUAUAGUCCUCUGAAAUACCUGCUUUUUAAACACACAAUGUUAUGACUCGCUCUGUUAGUAUCUUAAAGAAAAAAAUAAGAAGCCCAAACUUUGACCUUAAAUGGGAUUGUUACAGGCUGACAUGUCUGCACUUCCUGUUUCAGUCGCUACAUGCAGAUAGCAGUACAUUUCGUGUCAACCUCUCUGAGGUCAAGCUACACCCGAAGGUCAAACAAAGCACAAUAAUAUGGGUCAUGACAUGUGCAAAGUUCCAAAGCUGUUUGGUUAGCUCAUAGAAAGGUGCACGGGGCUUGCUAGAUAAGAAACUAUUUACUGUGCAGAUGUAAAAACUGGUUUUAAAAAAAUCUAAUUCUGAGAGAGAAGCCAUAGAUUAGUGCAGGUUGAAAGUGAGAUUUAGAAAGUUUUGUGUUGUAAAUAAACUAGUAUAGGGCAGAACAGCUUUCCAAUGCAGUGUACAAUUGCAGUGUGUACAAUCUAGAUUUUGUUUUAUAAAGUAAACAUUGAGUUUGGGUUUCUUUUUAGUUUUUUUUUUUUUCACAUUUCCCACAAGCUUUAAAAAUUGUACUUUGUGUAACGUUGGCUUAAUGAAUUUAUGUAUGUGAUCCGAUCAUACUGUUGCUUUUGUUUUUGCUCGUUUUCCUUUUUAACUGAAAAUCAUACAAGUUCUUUUAUUUUAAUAAGUCGUAAAUGAAAACACUCCUGAAGUCUGAUGUUCAUUUUCUCUAUGCAUGUCAUUGCGGAGAAGCACAAAUAUGUCUGAUGUUUCCUAAACCUAGUUUAUUUUACUUUUAUGCAGAAUAUGUUCUGCGAACACUAUGUACUGGGUGACUGUUUAACUGUACCAGAAUAUUCAACUGGAUUACUUAUUCUACAUCUUUACAGAGAUGCUUUGUAAAAGUAUAACCUAAAAGCACCAGUUAAAGUGAAGUAUCGGCUGUCGGGGUUAGAGAGGCAUGCCAGUGUUUCAAUCGUAUGUUGAUCAAAUGUUUGUCACAUUUAACACUGGCGAGAGACCGUUUUUUGUAGAUGUUACUAAGGGAUUGUCCUGCAGUUGAUGAAUAGACCAAGGCUGAAAAUAUUUGUUUGUUAAUUUUCCUGACAUACUUGGAUAUGGUGCUCAUAAUGUGCACUAUCCGCAGUCUCCUCACAUUUCCAUUUUACCAAGCUAGUGCUCGAGAUGUUUUGUGGUAUUGACAUCACUCCUUAAGAUACAUGUCUUUAAAUGUGUACAGUGAGCCUGCAGUGUGUAAAAUACUGUAAAGGCUUGUCAUUCCAGGUGGCUGUCGUGUAGCUGCUCCAGUGAUGAAUAUAUGUCUGUGUGUGAGUUUUCGGGCUGAUUGUGUCAUAAAUUGAUGAUGUCAUCAGCGGAGCCAAAAGAAGAACCAUUGAAUGUACUCCACACUGACUGCACAAUAAACUUUUUUUUUUUGAAAUAA